GUCGAUUUUUUCUUUUUUGUGACGUGUCAGGUGAAAUUUUUUUUUAUCAGACCACCUUUUUUUUUUACCUCAGACAAAGUGCACGGCAUGAGCUGCAAGCUGCUUGACAGAUAAGUGUGAAAACCAGAGACGCUCGUAUGAUACUUUCACACGCUCUGUUGCCACAACUAUCUGCUGCACCUGCACCUUUCUACACUCACAUGAGUGCUGGCCUCAGAGGCGACAUGGAGCAGGAGGGGGAGCUGGUUAGGUCCAUUUACUUUGGGAGAAUUGGGAGUGAGGCCACAGAGAGGCUGCUGGAGAGGUUCGGACGGGAUGGCAGCUUUCUGCUGAGAGACAGCGACACCAUGCAGGGGGCCUACUGUCUGUGUGUGAGGAAAGCACCGUUUGUGCACACCUUCCGGCUUGUACACUCCAUCGACGGCUGGGGUCCUCAGAGUUCAGGCAUCAGACGGCAGAGCUUUGGGACACUGGAAACACUGAUAGAGAACUACAGAGGAGGUUCAGCCUCUGGUGUCACAACUGUCCCCCUCACACAUCCACUGGACAGAACACAGCUACAGUACAUCAGUACUGCACAAGAGUUUGUCUACAUGGAAAUGAGCAGCAGCGGCGGCAGCAGCAGUAGCAGCGGCAAUGGCAGGAGCAGCAGCGGCAGCGGCAGGUCCGUCUGAUAAGGUUGUGCCUUCAGACGAGUGGACCAACGCUGUUAAUCAGGCGGAAAAACUGAAGAGGAGAUAUGCAGAAUAUUGUCACAUAUUUUCUGUGUUUCAUUUUUUAUCUUUAUUCGUGUCACUUUAGCAUCAGCUAAUUGUAAAUGUUCUCUUUUGCUUUGUAUAUUUCAGUGAUUCUGUUCAUUGUUGCUGUAAUACUUUAUCUCAUUGAUAAUAUAUGCAUUUGUUGCUCUGUGGCUAAACCUGGUUCAGUUUGUUAGGCUCAUACAAGUCCAGUUUAUUACACUUUUGAACCAUGGAGGUUACCCUAUCGAUACUUUGGUCUGUUGGAAGACCCUUUUAUCUUUCUAAUUAUAUAUAGAGGAAGUCCCAACCAAAAAAAGUCAAACUUUCAAACAACUUUUUAGACACACGUCUCUCUUAGUUAGACAGAACAAAUAGCUUUAUGAGAUUAAUAUCAAGACAUUUCUUCAGAUCCUGUAGAAGAGUGUAGGUUGUCCUUGAGGUGGGUGAGAAGAACUUCAAAAGUCCUUAUAUGGAAGCAGUCAAUGUAGUUUGUAGCUAUGUUAAGCUAAGCUAACUGUAGUUUCAUGUUUAAUGGAAAGAUGUUGUAACAGUGGUGUUCUCAUCAUCGUCUCAUCUAACGCUCUGCCAGAAAGCAAAUUAGCAAAUGUCAGACCUAUUUUUCAUUUCGCCUUGAUUCAUUCUUUAUCCCAUUCAAUCGUUUUCAUACUUUUUUUAAUGCUGUCUUUUAUUUUUUUUACAGUUUUUAUAAUUGUGUUUUAUUGUCAAUAAACAGAAAUUACAGGAAAAGUCGAACUUUAGAAAAGACAAAUUAAUGACAGGCGUUCAUUGACCUUGGACCUGGUGUAAGCGUCAACGUUUGUCUUAAUGUUGGAUUUUUGCUUUUGCUGUUAUCAUUCUGUAAACAAUGACCUGCUAUAAUAGGGACUGCAAACUGGAACAUUCUGUACAAAUAAAGG